UGGUAAGUGGCACUAACCAAAAAAAGGGAGACUCUGUCUUCACGUCUUUUUGACCUCCUCCAAACCCUUUUUUUUUUUUGUUCUUAUUUAGUUUCUUUCCAUUGUAUCUAUAUUUCCCCUCCAUAUAUCUUUCCGUUUUCAUCGCUCUUUCUUAUUUAUAUCUUCGUCUCUUUAUAUAUAUAUUUUUCCAUUUUAGAAAUGAAUCAAAUAGAAAUGGACCCAGAGCAGUUCAAAGUCGAUGAUGAUCUGGAGAAUAUUCCCAACGGUGGCGGAAAAGUGAACGGAACCGCCGUGUUGGAUGAUCAAGAUGGAGGAGAAUUCGCUGAUAUCGAGAUGGAGAAAAGUGAAGAUAAGGAGGAGCAGCUCCAGGAGAAGAAAGAUUCUAAUUCUGAUUCGACUUCAAAUACCCCUGAAGGAAGCAAAAACCUUGCCUCCUACGCUAAGGAGGUUAAUCCUCACCAUAAUCAUUACAUACCAGCCAUCAAGGCCCAAGUUCAUCUCCCAAAACCCGAGCCACCACCGCCAAAAGUGGAACGUUCACAAUCCUUGUCCAUGGCCGAAAGUAUGCCUUCCAUAGGGAAAUACAUAAGAGACCGAAGCAGCACUUUAUCAGCAGCAAUCAUGAAGCGUUUAUCGUCUUUAAAAGAAAAUAACGAAGAUUUCGUCGUGAAAAACGAUUCGUUAAACUUCGAGGUAACAGAGUUCAAAAUCCCUGGGGUCAAAGUUAUAGUGAAGCUGAAAAAUGAAGACGAAAUACAAGAUUUGAAGGGUCGGAUAACGUUUUUUACUCGGUCGAACUGUCGCGACUGCACCGCUGUUCGUAAAUUCUUCAGAGAAAAAGGGCUUAGAUACGUUGAAAAAAACAUCGACGUGUUCCCCAAGAGGGCAAAGGAGUUGAUCGAAAGAACAGGGUGUUCAGAAGUGCCUCAGAUAUUUUUUAACGAGAAGUUGUUGGGUGGGUUGGUAACGUUGAAUUCGUUGAGAAAUAGUGGGGAGUUGGAUAAGAAAAUGAAGGAAUUGUUGGGUCAGAAAUGUCCUGAAGAAGCGCCUGAUAUACCAGUUUAUGGAUUUGAUGACGAGGAGGAUGAAGAAGAAGAUGAGUUGCUGGGGAUUGUGAAGGUUCUGAGACAGAGCUUGCCUAUUCAGGACCGUUUGAUUAAGAUGAAGCUUGUCAAGAAGUGCUUUGCUGGUGUUGAUAUGGUUGAAGCCAUCAUUCACCACCUUGACUGUAGCAGAAGAAAGGGCAUUGAAACUCAAAAGCGGCUGGCCCAGAAGCAUUUCAUCCACCAUGUCUUUGGGGAAAAUGAUUUUGAAGAAGGAAAACAUUUCUAUCGUUUCCUUGAGCAUGAGCCAUUUAUUAUCGGAUGCGUCAACUUUCGAAAUUCAACAAAUGAUAGUGAGCCCAAAUCUGCAUCUUUUCUAGCUGAUAGGCUUACCAAGUUAAUGUCUGCCAUACUGGAAGCACAUGCAUCUGAUGACAGGUGCCAUGUUAACUAUUAUGCCAUCAGCAAAAGUGAAGAAUUCCGCAGGUACUUAAAUUUGGCACGAGAUCUCCAAAGGAUCAAUCUUCAAUUGCUUACUCCAGAAGAGAGGCUAGCCUUCUUCUUAAACUUAUACAAUGCCAUGGUCAUCCAUGCUGUAAUUAACAUCGGACAUCCUGAAGGAAUACUUGAUAGGAGAGCAUUUUUCUGUGAUUUCCAAUAUGUAAUUGGAGGGUACCCUUACUCCCUCAGCAACAUUGAGAAUGGGAUCCUCAGAAACAAUCGAAAGUCCCCUUAUUCCUUGAUCAGGCCCUUUAGCAAUGGAGACAGGCGCUUACAGCACGCUCCUUCUAAAGUUAAUCCAUUGAUCCAUUUUGGACUAUGCAAUGGAACAAGGUCAAGCCCCAAAGUGAGAUUUUUCACUGCUCAGGGUGUUCAAGGUGAGUUAAGAUGUGCUGCAAGGGAGUACUUCCAGAGUGGAGGAAUAGAGAUUAAUUUGGACAAGAGAACAGUUUAUUUAACUCGGAUCAUCAAGUGGUUCAGCGAAGAUUUUGGACAAGAAAAAGAUGUUCUCAAGUGGGUCAUGAGUUUCUUGGAUGCAACUAGGUCGGGGCUUUUGACACACCUCUUAGCUGAUGGAGGCCCUACUAAAAUUGUUUACCAGAACUAUGAUUGGUUUGGUAAUUUGUAACCACUCAACUUUUCAGAUCCUUGGGUGUUUAGAUAGAAAUUUUGGGAUGAAAUUACAGAAGGAAAUGAUGAGUUUCAUUCAUAUUGAUACAAACAUUAGAGGAAGCUGCAAUUGGCAGGGAGAUUUAUUGUAUCUAAUACCUCAAGUUCAAAGAGGGUCUGGUCUCCACCCUUCAGCAAAGGUAUCAAAGAUAGGAAUUACUUGCAUAUACACAUUUUAAAAUCUUGUUUCUUUUUAGUGUGAAUUCCAGCUAUCAUUAAAAGUUGAUUUGUACUGGAAGAAAAAAUAAAAAAGCAUACUUGUUGUAUUGUUUAAACUAUG